AUGACACGCGAGCCCAGGUCUCGACCCAGAGACGCAGCAGUGAUCACCAGAACCCGUCCGCCGCGCCCAGUGUCCCCAGUGACCGAGCGGGAGCCUAUCCGCAAGGUCCGCUCCAACCCAGCGAGCCCGCGACGCAGGGCUAUAACGCCCCCAACCAGACGCCACAGCAUCAGCCCUUCACGGCACGUUCAUUUCGCCGAGAGCCUGGAGCAGAUCCCGCCCAGUUCGAGCGAUAGCAGUCCCGUCGAGAACACCACAACGAGCAGUUCUGGCGAGAAUAGCCCCAAAAACCAUACCCCGACGCCGUCACCCGGCAGGAUCCCCAUUCGCCCCACGAACCGUCGCGGUCUUUCCGACGAUACCACUACCCGUCGCGGGAGAAUACCCAGAGAUUAUGAACACCGGCGCACGGUCUCGCCACAUCCCAGCCUUCUGUCGUCGACAUCGACUCUCCGUCCGCACAGCCAUCCGCAAAGGCGACCACGACCGCGCAUCAUCCAGGAAGGGGUGCAGGAGUUAACGGAAAGAGGAUCCCGGUUGAUGGCGAGCUCGUACGCGCGCCGCAGCAAUGAGACUAUCAGGCCCCUGCGUAGGAGGCUCCCACUGUCAGCAUAUUACCGGCCGAGAUUUCCAGACGAGGAGCGGAUCGCGGACGAGGACGAUCGGAGUGGAGGGACACGGUUGGGACGGUGGUUGUGA